AUGUCUGACGCCCCAGUCGCCCCCGUCGUCCAGGACGGCGAGCCUCCGGCUACGCAGGAGAAAGUCGUCGAAGAAACCCCUGGUUUCAAGGUCUUCGCCGGCAAUCUUGCGUACUCUACCACGGAUGAAGGGCUGAAGACGUUUUUCGCGCCAGUCGCGAGCGACAUCCUCACCGCGCAGGUCAUCAUGCGUGGCACAAGGUCUGCAGGCUACGGCUUUGUCGCUCUCAACAGCGCAGAGGCUGCACAACAGGCAGUCGAGGCUCUCAACAAGCAGGAACUCGACGGUCGUCCCAUCAUCGUCGAGGUCGCUAAGCCCGCCGAAGAAAAAGACAAGGAGAAGAAGGAGAAGAAGGCUCGUACCCGGCGUCCUGGCAGACGUGGUGCGAAGGCCGUUCCCGGCGAGGUCACCGAGGCUGAGGCCAACGGUGACGCUGACAAGGCUGACGGCACUCCCGCUGCUGGCGAUGCUGAGAAGCCCAAGAAGAAGAAGAAGAAGGCCGCCAAGAAGCCAAAGCGUGCGACUGAAGGUGCCGAAGGAGAGGUCGCCGCUGACGGUGCCGCUGCCCCCACCACCACCGAGGGCGGUGAGACCACCAAGAAGCCUCGUCAGAAGAAGGCUCCCCGCCCAGCUCGUCCCGCGGGUGAGGACCCCUCUGGUGAACCCUCCAAGACGCUGCUCUUCGUCGCCAACCUUGGGUUCAACAUCGACGACGCCGGUCUCGCCGCGUUGUUCACCGAGAGCGGCAUCAAGGUUAACUCUGCUCGCAUUGUUCGCAGGCGCUGGGGAAGGCCCCGCAAGAGCAAGGGCUACGGUUUCGUCGACGUCGGUGAUGAGGAAGAGCAGAAAAAGGCCAUCGAGGCUCUCGAGGGCAAGGACGUCGGUGGAAGGCCCAUCGCCGUCAAGAUCGCAGUAAACUCUCAGACGGAAGAAGAGGAGGAGAAGGCUGAGGGUGGCGAGGAUGCUACUCCUGAGGCCGCUGUCGUUGCCUCUUAA